GACGCCUGUUGCAGCGCACGGAAGAAAUAGUCUGCGUACCAACGUUCCGCCACUGGCAGCAUAACUGUCUGCUGGCUGACCCUGGGACCUUCAUGACAAAGUUGUCGUACGAUGUAUUCAACCUGAGCUAAAGGUGCCAAUGGUGUCCUGCUUUCACAGCGAUGAUCUCUGCUGUAUUACGAAAAAGCGCCCUCUCAGCUCAGAAGGUUCUGCAUCGGGCUGGUCCUCUACAAAGAUGCUGGACGUCAGCCCCGAGGCUGCUGUUACCAGAAAGGGACGACGGAAGAGGAAGAAGCCCCCCUGCUGUCCUCGCGUUCGCCAGGGCCGAUGUCUCUCACGGGGACCGGGUUAGAGCGCCACCAUUUCUAGCGAGGAACCAACAUUUCCACUCCUCGGCUGUGAGGCUGAAGAAGCGACCGAAGCUCCAACCCCCCGCGGAGAUGCCUCUCUUGCGCUAUGACAUGAGGGACUUGUGGAAAGGUCCCAAACCAGCCUUGUUCCUGGGCUUUGCAGGACUAAUCCCUUUCGUCGCCCCCGCUGUGUUCAUGGCGGCGGCCGAGGGCUACUCUCCGGAUUUGGCCUUUGCUCAGUUAGCGUACGGCGCCUCGAUUGUCUCCUUCCUGGGUGGAGCUCGCUGGGGAUUCGCUCUCCCCGAGAGCAGCCCGGCCAAACCCGACUGGAUCAAUCUGGCCAACAGCGUGGUGCCCCCCCUGUUUGCGUGGGGGUCAAUGCUCAUGAGCGACAACAUUAUUCCCGCAGCCACCAUGGUUAUUAUGGGCCUGGGAAUCUCGCUGCAUUAUGAUCUGUCUCUGCUGCCCACGUACCCGAGCUGGUUCAAAGCCCUCCGCUCCGUCUUGACCUUUGUGGCGUGUUUCUCGCUCGUUGGCACGCUCCUGAUUAAUGGAAUUUACCCAGAAAAAAAUCUAUUGGCUGGUUAAAUAGUGUGUGUAUGCAAUAAAGCCACGGCGUUUUAUGUCUUC